GCGCUGUUAUGUGGGUUAGAUGACAAAGUCCCUAGAUUAUUCUUCGGUGGGUGGAAUUCAGGAUCAGCCCAAUUUUGUCCUGUAGGCAACAUCCAAGGGAUCGCUUCUGUCAAGUUUAAGGGACUGUCACUUGGACUAUAUUUUCCAAAACUUGGUAACAAUUGUUUUUUGUAAUAUAUUUAAAAAAAAUUUUCAUUAAACAUUGCAUUUAAUCACAAGAAAAAACUUACUUUUGUACUUGUUAGUGUUCACAUUAGAAGAUGUGGUCUCAUCUAGGGAGAGCUUUAAGCUCUCUUCUUCUCAUCUGUUUCAUCCUUUCAUCAACAGCACAAGAUGAAAUAGAAACUCCACCAUUUCCAUCUAUACAGAAUUAUACCUUUUAUUACACUGAUGUCCAGUUUACAGAUAUAGAACUGCAAGUGUCGGCGUUUGCAUCUGAAUACUUUGACUCAACAGGUGGUCCUAGGGGAAGAGUGAAUGUGAUAUCUCUAGGAGAGAAAUCCACCACCAUUUACAAUAAAGAUACAGAUCAGAUCUUUGAAAUUAACUCAACGAAUUGUCAGGUUUGGGAUACAGAUGAAUCAAUACGUGACUACGAACCAAUUUUCACUGGAUGGUUAAAUAAAGAACCACUCGUCAUUGGUCCAUCGGCUAUCCUAUGGACGGCGGAUGCUGACAGAGACAAAAUUGAAUAUAUGGGAGAGACUAUAAUUAGAGACAUCAAUUGCGAAGCAUGGAGGUAUAAUUUAACCAAUGAGAUGAACCAAUUGGUGUACACCAUGCAUUUUGCAGCAAAGAAAUGGACUACUCCUUAUCAGAUGGAUGGUGAUUUAAGAGUACCAAUUCGGGUUGAAGUGAGUGGUCUGGCUUCUGAAAAAAAAGACGAAUGGUUUCCAGUGAAUCAAUUGACAGACUUUGCUUUCUUCCGUCCCGAUUUCCCCAACUUCAGAGUAUUCCAGCCACCUCAAGGAAUUGGUUGUCGAUUAAAGAAAGAGACAAGAAAAAUGCCAACCAUGCCAGAUAUUUUCCGAUAUUCAGCAGAGGUAGUUGAUCUUAUUCAGUCAUCAAAAGAAGAAAUCACUGAUAUCGAAUACCAGCAGGUUUGGUACGAUACAAGAGCAAAGCUGGCAAGACUUGAUAAAUACACAAGAAUGCGUUCAGUGUCUGAAUUUUAUGAUUUCAAUACAGGUGUGACAUACAGUAUAGUAGACAGACGUACAUGUUCUAUAAACCCCUUGAGGUAUGCUUUCUUCGAAGGUUAUGAUGGCAAAAUGAUUGGACAUCUUAAAGAUCCAGAUGAAGUUCUAGAUUUGGACGGAAGCUUUUACUUCUUAGGAAAAGUACGCAUGUCUCUUUUGAGUUCAAUAGAAAAUUGCCUUCAGUACAAGGCUGAUUACACGACAACUGGCGUUUACGUGACUGGUUUGAUGCUAGAUAGACCACCUGCGCUAAAACAAUUUUGGUUGGAACGUGAGGGAGAUGUUACAACAACUGAUCCGAAACUUAAGGUUGCACCUGCUGCUGACACCGCAGAAAAAUGUGCAUUUGCUUGCGUAGAAGAAGGAAUGUUCUGCUAUGGUUUCUUUUGGUGCAACCAAGCAUGUUUCUUGAAAUUCAAAGAUAUCCUGGAACCCGAUGACGGAGGCGACUCAUUUGAUUUUGGUGGAACCUGUCAGGAAUGGCUGAGAGCUGAGCGGGACUCGAACAAUAAGGAAGCAUACCUAAAAGAUGCUCUCCAAUCUUUAGAGAAGACUGUCCUGGAUAAUCUUGUGAAUGUUAGUGUGCCAUUAGACGACAAUAUGCGAUCCUUCAUAACUGUUCCAGUAUCUGAUAUUGUAAUUGGAGAUGGUCCUUACACAGGUAUUUCUGGCCAAGAUAAACCAUACAAUCUUGCCAUAAGCUUUGCAAAGAUGGAUCCAGGUGAUGAAAGCACAGAAGUCUUAUCCUACAUUGACAAUUUGAACGACUGUUACCUAGCCUGUAAAAACACUGAAGACGUCGCUUGCUCCAGUUUCUCCUACUGUCCCGAUUCGGACAACAAACAGUGUUCACUCAGUUCAGUUCUGGUAGUGGACAGGAAAAAUAACCCAGAUGACACGGUGGAUGACAAAAACUGCUAUGUUUACUCAAUGAAAUAUUUAGACUACUACACCGCUUAUCCCGGAAGGUUGUCUCUAAUUCCUGGAGCAGAUGUCUUCGAAAAAGUGAAAACUGUAGAGGAAUGCGCCAAGAAGUGUCGCACAGCCAAAGAUAUAACAUGCAGAGGAUUCGAGUACUGCCAAAGCAUGAAGACAUGUGUCUUACAUUCCAAACACGUUUUAGACCUUAACCCGGGAGAAGUAAUUACCAACAAGAAAUCAACAUGUAUCCAUUACGCCGCCAAGUAUUCGGCUGAUUAUUUUGAUUUGGGUCUUGUGUUGGUGGAUGAUAUCUUGGAUGAAAGGUCAGAAAUCUCUUUGGAAGAUUGUGCCAAAGCAUGUUCCGAAGAAUUCAAAGACAAAUGUAAGUCUUUCAAUUACUGUCCAGCAUCGGGUCCUUACAUGACAGACAGCGCAUGUUCUCUCAGCGCCAUGACACUUAAAACUCCACGCGUCCCAACCACCAAGAAUGCACCCUGCCACCACUUUGAAAAGAGGAAUCAAGUCGAUGAUUGGGCAAAAGCAGGCAAGAAGUCAUUAGUCACAGCCGGAUACACAUCAAGUCAAUUUACUUGGCUUGUUGUUGGGAUGUUAGCACUUGGAUUCGCAUUAGGGGCUAUAGGAUUUGUAGUCUAUUCCUACUUCCGGUCAAAAGGGUCAGAGUCAGGAAUGACCGUUAGAUUUAUGAAGCAAGGUAAUUUAUAAAAUGAACUGAUAAAUUAAGCAUCUGUAAUAUAAUAGUCCUUACCCGAGGACAGAACACCGAGGUUUGUAACACAACAGACUUCCGUAUUCGUAAUGUACAUUUUUCUUUAUUUUUGUACUAUGUGUGUAUGUGCUAUGUUAAAAUAAACAUGUAAUAAAAAAUGUUGAA